AUGUCAAUGGUAGCUGCUGGUAUUGGGAAACUUGUGGACGAUGGAAAACUUCAGUGGACAACCCUGUUGAGGGAUAUCCUACCUGAUAUUGAUCAUACUGAUAUCUACUGGACAUACAAAACAACAAUAGGCGAUAUUCUGGCACAUCGUUGUGGCUUGGAUGGAGAAGUUGCAACUUUGUUAGCUGAUGGUAGAAAUAGUAACGUACAGCCUUCCCUCGAGAAUCUGUUGAAAACUGUCGACCUCAUCCCUCACACGCUUCCCCACCGUGAGGCCUGGCUAAUUUGCCCGUGGGGAUACACACUCGCUGCACACAUAAUUGGGCAGAUAUCUGGACAGCCACUUCACGAGUAUCUUCAGGAUCAAAUAUUCCGGCCACUUGGGAUGAAUUCUACCACUUUGCGUCCAUCAUUUGAAGAGACAACCAAUUUCGCCGAACCACAUGCUUCACUUAGCAAUGGGGAGGCUUAUCCAUUGAAAUUUCAACCCAAUUUUACAAAUACAUUGUUCGAGGGUUCUCGUGGAGCUUAUUCGACAGUGAGUGAUCUUCUCAUAUGGGCCAAGGAAACAUUGGCUGCGAGCCAGAACACCGAAGCAUCCGCCGACACAGUAUUGAGACAAAUCCCCCACAUUCUGAGCAACCAUAUCGCAAUGGAGAAUCCAUCAUUGUUGGAAAGAUCGUACGGAUUUGGAUGGGCAAGAGCUCAGCUUCCUGGGAUUGUCGGUCUUCUCGGUGGAAACUCAGGUCUUUGGAAAAUGUCUCAGCAGCCUGUAUUUGGGGUUGGGAACCAGUCUAGACUUAUGAUAUAUCACCAAGGCGGAGGACCGGGAUAUUCCUCAUUCCUUGCUAUCUUUCCUGAGACACAGUCGGCCGUUGUAGUUCUCACGAACACCACUGCAACAAGCGAUGCUGCUGACUGGAUCGCGCGGCUCCUGAUCGAGGGCCUCUUCGACUUCGCCAAUCCCACUGAUUAUGUGAAGCUUGCAAAAGAAGCUAAACGAAGAACACAAGAACAAUUCGCUACACUACAUGAUAGAUUGGCUGAGGAGCAAAUCCAAGGAGCACCACCGCUACCCCUCGAAUGCUACAUCGGAAAAUACAACAAUGGGGACUAUGACUACAUGCUGGAAGUCACUCUGAGUCCAGAUUCAGAGAGCGACCUGAUGAUAUGUUUCCAAGGUCAUGACUCACAACGCUAUCCUCUCCGUCACUAUCACGACCACAUCUUUGAGUGGAGCAUAAGCUUUGACGAAGUGAGGAAGAGUGGUAGAUAUGAUAUUGCAGAUCCGUCAUACUAUAAGAUUCGCUUUGAAACCUACCCCGACAACCGAGCAUCUCGGAUAAUUUGGAAUAUCCAUGAUGCAUCAGUUCCAGAUGGACUGAUAUUCGCGUGGAAGGAUGAACGUCUUGCGGAAGUAUGGCGUGCAGUAUGUGCCGGUACGAACCACUCCAUUUCAAACAUGAUACAUUUAGGAUUCGCCACUGACUUGAGAACAAACCGCUAUUCAGAAAUUGCAACUGUCAGGAAAUUGGAGUGA